UAACGCACUUUCAGUCAGCCAUACUCGAUUUUGUCCCUCCGAAGACACCGUCGUUGUGUACAACAAAGUUCAUGUUGAAGUGAACAUAUUAGCUAAAGCUGCUACCUUGCUCAAAGGCUGGGUCGUUUCGGGAACGGUUUAAUAUACCAUAACGCACUAUACUCCAUAUUUUGCCAAGCUGAGCCAUUCUACACAAGGAUAUUUAACAUACUGACUCGACAGACGCUGUAGGGUGACAUUGAACCUACUCCGGAGGAAGGCCCCACUACAGUCGGGGUUACGAGUGGAAGUCGUAGAAACAUGGAUUCGUGGGUUCGUUUCAAUGCACAGAGCCAAGCCAAAGAGAAGCUUUUCAGGGCCGUGCAGUACGCUUGCACAUUGCUAGGCUAUACGCUGCAGAAGGGCGGGACGGGCAGCGAUCUCUUGACGAAGGUCAAGCAGCUUGAAGCGCACGUGAGCCUGGUGCGGAAACUGAUGCGGCUGGGGAACUCCGCGGAGGCGCUGGAGGCCGCCAAACGGGCGAUUCACCUCUCGGACUGCGUGCUGCGGCUGUGCAUCACCGUGUCGCACCUGAACCGCGCCAUGUACUUCGCCUGCGACAACGUGCUGUGGGCCGGCAAGACUGGGCUCCUGCCCAAACUGGACCAGACCAAGUGGAGCCAGAGGUCCUUCAGGUACUACCUCUUUGCCCUCAUCCUGAACCUGACCCGGGACGCCUACGAGAUCAAGCUCCUGAUGGAGAGGGAGUCCCGGAGCGGGGGCGCUAAGGGGGCGUGGCUGAGCCCGUCGGCCCCGCCCCCGGACGGCGGGGAGCAGCCACAGAGCCCCGCCUCCCAGUUCCCGGUCCUCUCGCCCGCGGGGGCCCUGUCCCCCCGCCUGCAGCAGGAGCUCCGCCUGCUGGUGACCGUGCUGCGGUCCAACCCGCCCCUCCUCCUGGACCUGGUCCGGAACGUCUGCGACCUGUUCAUCCCCCUGGACCGCCUGGACCUGUACCGGACCGGGCCCGGGUUCGUGGGCGCGUGCGGCCUCGCCUCUUCCGUCCUCUCCCUGCUCACCAUCGUCUACCCCUGGCUGAAACUCAAACCGUAACACCCCCACCCCCCACACCCACCCCACCCCUCGCCUUCCAGGGGUACCGCACGAGACCCCCCUCAGUCUGGACUUGGUUAUUUCAGGGGAGUCGGAAGCGGAGGAGGAGAUUUGACGUGUGUGUGUCACAUGGCCUGAUGAUGUCACUCUGAAGCAGCGUGUGUUUCAUGCCAGGGCAUCCCUCAGUGUUUUACAGGGAGCGGGGAGUAGCGUGUGUUUUUACUCUUUUUGGAAGUGGGCAGGGUCAGGACUGGAUUCAACUACCCGUCUGCCAGAUCAGUGGGUUCCAAACCCCGUUCCUGGAGAUCUACCGUCCUGUGGGUUUUCACUCCAACCCUAACGAGGCACAGCAGCCAGAGAUCUCCUUGAGCUGCUAAUUAGUGGAAUCGGGUGUGACAAAAUUAGGGUUGAAAAUCUAAAGGUAGAUCUCCAGGAACAAGGUUGGUUACCACCGUACUAGAGUGCGUCUCACACUCACACAAACACACAGCCUGUGUUUGUUUACACUGUGCAGUAGAGGACGGACUAGAUCUGCUAUUGUGCAGUGGAUUAAUGUUGAUGUGAGCUCAAUUUGUUUGUAAUGGUUUGAUUGUUUUGGGUGGGGGGUGGAUAUAUCUACCCCCUUCCUCCCCCUUCUUAUUAGAAUGAAUUUAAACAAACAUGGAAGUACUGGACCUAGACCACAGGCCAUAAUGCGAUUCUGUACUAUACAUACGUGUAGUUUUAACAGUUGCUACAUUUUUCAAACUUGAGUUUAAGCCAUAGUUUGUGUGUGCUUGUGUGUGAGUUUUGGAAGGGGUGUACAGUGAAAUGCUAACUCGUAUGCCGUAUGUUAAGUGUGUGUUUUAAAAGAGUGAUUUCAUAUACAGACUAAUUUUGAAAAGUGUACUGAAUUCUUGUUGGCCACACCUCAGGAGAUUGUAGUCUCUCACACCCCC